AUGGUGACGGAAUGCAGGUUCGUCCAGGCCGCCGCCCUCGACGGGCUCGCGGCGAACGUGGCCACUCUCCUCGAGUGGAGCCGACUGCAUCACAACGACGGCAUCGGUUUCUUCCUCAUUACGAAUGGCGCUGUCUACAUAGACAACAUUGCGCCCACUGUUUGCUGCACCCACCACGAUGCGGUGCGCUGCGCGCGCUACGAGCUGAAGCUGCUCAAGACGCGUGACUUUGCCAACUUGCUCGAGUUCGUCGCCGAUGACAGUCAGUCACCCACCGCCGAUGAUUUUGCGCAGAUCGUAACUGUCCACAAGACGGUCUCUGAGAGACAGGCUGCGGUUGUGGCCGAGAUCGUCGUCUCCCAAUGCGUCAUCAAGCGGGUCGACACCCUUGUCACCGAGGCGCUUCUCAUGUCCUUCUUUUCCGACGACGCGCUGCGGGCCAUCUACCGCGAGAAGGCCGCCAAGAUCAGUGGCGCUGGUGGCACUUCCAUUGCCCUUUUGGCCGCCAUCCGCUCCACCAUUGCUGGAGUCCGGCCGAAGCUUCAGAAGAUCGUCCUCGAGACCGUCGGCGUCAAGCCUUUUCUUGCUGCUGGUUUUGGCACUCAGAGUGGACGGAUCCACUCCGAUUUUCGGCGGCGUUACCUCCGCCUCACCCGGGCCAACGAUUGGCUCGAGGACGAGCGGCUCAAUCCCACACAGCUUACUGCGCUCCUCCACAAGUUCCUCUCCGAGCUUACCAGUGCGUCUUUCCGAUCCGACGUCGACGCCGCGCUGAACGCCAUCGUCUGCGCGAUGCGCAGCGCCGUCAUCACGGACAUGGAUGAGACCGAGGUUCUUGAGGGGGUCGGCAACGCCAAUGAGGACGCCGACACCGCUGAUUCCGAGUGCCGGUCCCUGCUCAGCGCCAUCGUCGAGGUCUGCCGCCGGUACGAUCGGGACGGCAUCACGCUUUGCGCUAAUGCCCGGGGCGCUGGCCCCGUCGCGCGCGCCGCCGCCGCCGCUAGCACUGGCCGUGGAGCCGACAAGGCCGGCGACGAUGACGAGGACCCCCGCGUUGCCAGGAUUGUAGAGCUGCUUACCGCUUCCUUCGCUUCUGCCCAACAACGGCGGACGCCGCGGGAGACUGCGGGCGCCGACACCACCGGCGGUGCUCCCCCUACCCGACGCCCCGCGCGCGACUGCUCCAUCUGCCUACUCAAGGGUAAGGGCACCUUCCAGCACUAUUACGACGAGUGCCCUGAGCUCAAGGGGCUUGCCCCCGAUGCCAUCACCGCUCUCAAAAAGGAGGCUCGCGCUGCGGGGCACGACUCCUGGUGGAAUGAGAAGGAGGCCAAGAACGAGGCGAGGAAGGCUGCCGGCAAGGGCAAGGGCGGCAAGCAGGGCCGCUCCCGGGGCGGGGGCCGCGGGGGCCAGCCCGCCGAUCCUCCCAAGAGCACUGCCCUUGCGCUUUCCGAAACCAAGGAGCUCACUGACACCAUCCGUGGGCUGCUCGCGCUUACCCCCCCACCGUCCCCGCCCUCUGGCGACAUGGACGCGCUCGACGAUGUCUCUGGGCUGACCGGUGCUCGCGUCGAGCGUGGACGGGGCUCUAUCCACAACUCAUCUGUCUAG